CAAGCUUGAAAGAACUAAUACUCCUACUAGAGAUCGCAGGUUAGCCUGCAGCCCGUGCUGAAGAGAUGGUGAAGGCGUCUCUUUGCGUGCUGGUGACCUUGGUCCUCGCAGCCAUCGCCGCGCAGGCUCAGGCAGUGUCGCCGGCUAAGACGACAAAGGCUGUCAUGGAUGCAGUUGUGAAGCAAGAGGUGGAGAACGCCAUCAACUGCAACCCCGGUGUCGGCGCCGCCCUCGUCCGGCUGGUGUUCCACGACUGCUGGGUCCGCGGUUGCGAUGCAUCCGUGCUCCUCGACAAAACACCGUCGAGCAGUAGUGUCGAAAAGAACGCGGCCAACAACAUCGGCCUCGCCGGCUUCGACGUGAUCGACAGCAUCAAGGCCAGGCUCCACGACGUCUCCUGCGCAGAUAUCGUCGUCUUCGCGGGGCGCGAGUCAGCCCGCAUCCUGAGCAAGGGGAGCAUCGACUACACCCUCGCGCCGGGCCGCCUGGACGGCGUGGUCUCGUCCGCGGCGGAAGCCGACGCCACCCUUCCAGAGGCCAGCUUCAGCUUCCAGGAGCUCAAGGACAACUUCAACCGCACCGGCUUCAGCGUAGAGGACCUUGUCAUCCUCUCCGGUGCGCACUCCAUCGGCGUUGCCCACCGCACGUCCUUCCAGGACCGCCUCGACGCGGCCACGCAAACCCCGAUCGACCCUGAGUACCAGACGGCCCUCAGGUACCGCGUCAACGUUGAUGGGCUCAAGACGCCGAACCCGACGGAGAAGAACAACAUCCGCGACAUGGGCCCUUUUUUUCAGGGAGUCUCCGGCUACAACUCCUCGGGGGUGGACCUGUACACUCCGGAGGCGGGUGCCCUGGACAACAGCUACUAUACCGCCAACCUCCAGAAAAUGGUGCUCUUCAAGUCCGACUGGGAGCUGAACCAAGACCCCACACACUUUGCGGGAGACAAGCUUAUCGAGUAUAGGGACAACGCCGCAGAUUGGGACCUCGACUUCAGCGACGCCAUGGCCAGGCUCAGCAGCCUCACUUCCCCUGGCCCCAAAUCCGAAGUCAGGAAGCACUGCAGGCGCACCAACUCUUACUAGAAAACAUCCCCGGCAAUGGCUGAUUCAUUUAUGUUUUGAUCCUGCAAGAGAAAGAAUCAAAGGGCACGGGUUUUAAUUUUGAUUCAGGGGGGAAAUGUUUCGCACAAAAAGAAUUUGAAUCAAACCAUUCUUUCUGUUAAAUUAAAUAUUGUGUAUGCAUAUUCGUGUAGACAAAACCGUAUCAAAUCAGAUUCAGUUAUGAUGGUAA